UCGUGAAGCGCUAGAGUCCGGGACAGAGUUUGAUCUCCAUCACCCCAACUUACGCUCAACAAGCCCGCACUGCUUUUCUUCCUUCCGCUCUUGUUGGGGAGCGUGUGUGUGCGAUAGGCGCACGAGAGACAGAAGGAGGACGCGGGGUCCAAGAAGGACAUGUUCGAGACUCUCAUCAACCCCAAAUCCUUCACGCAGACGGUGGAAAACUUGUUCGACUUCUCAUUCUUCGUCAAGAGCGGGGAGGGCCACAUCACCAUCGACCCGGAGACCAAGCUUCCACAGGUCAAGUUCGACCAAAGCACUCCGAGUGGAGACGCCCCACCCGCCGCUUCGGGCGAUGCGAAGCAGUGGUUGAUGUCCUUCACGCCAGCUGACUUCCGCGAGCUCAAGGAACUGUACGGCAUGGAGGAGUCCAACUUCGAGCACCGCAGCGAGGGGCCCAAGUCAGACUACUACGACCCUCUCACGCAUGGCAAUCGCGAAUCGAACCGCCAGUAGCUUGGCUGUUGAACUAACACGGUAGAUUUUUGGUUUACUGGUUCAUGCAAGCUGCGUGCGCCAUGGCAAGUUUAAUCGACAUAUGGCCGGAACCUGGGAGCGAUGCUGUCUGCAUCGUGGGGCCAUGACUCAUCGUGCUGAAUACACAGCGGCAGGUGGUCGUGGUACGGUAUCUAGCUUGAGUUGACUGACUGCCCUUUGUUGUCUCCUUUUUGUCCCCGGGUGACUCUUGUUCUUGUUGUCAUUUCAUUGUACCGUAGGUUGCGAGUCAGCUAGAGCACAGGGGU